UCCUCCGUGACUGAGUUAAAGUGAAGUUUCUCUUGCCCGUAGCACCUUUGAUCAUGGGGAGUGGAAAGCAUUUGCUGCUCAUUGCAGUGUUGCCACUCCUGGUAAGAUGUCAAAAACCACAAGUUUUGAUGGUACCUGCAUUUAAAAUGGCCUUCACUGGGGAUACAGUUUACUUAAAAUGCAAUACAAGUGCAAGCUCAGUGACAUGGCACAAACCUAAUGGUGAGCCAAUCGAUGGAGAAGACACUUUGAAAGUGGAAAUUAAAAACUCAAACGACAGAGGCUCUUAUCAGUGCGAGACCAGUGGGACAAAGAGUGACCCUGUUUUAGUCAAUGUCACGGAAUCUGGUCUCAGCGCUUCACUCACCAUUGAGACAGGCUAUCAGAACAUGUGGAAGGGAGGUGCAGUUAUCCUGAAGCUUGAAAAUGAGGAUGGUCUGCAAGGGUGGAGGUGCUGGGUGUACAGGGGUGGAUUAAGGCCAAUAAUGGUUUCACUGAAAUUGAAGGGUGUCAGUAACAGUAUGGUGUUUCAAACUGCUGACCUCAAUGUCGAUGAGACUAUUUACUGGUGUACGGAUAAGCGUCGAACUCACAGAAGUAACCAAGUAAUUCUCACCACCUCUGAUCCAUGGGAGCCUCCAAAACCACCUGAGAAGGAAGGGAAGUUGGGGAUGGUGUUGGGGAUAUUGUUGGUAUUGGUGGGGAUGUUGGUGGUGAUAGUGGUGGUAGGUUUACGACGUAGGAGAAGAAGUGACGGAGGGCAGAUUUAUGAGGAUGUGGCGCUGAGAUCAAAAGAGCGAGGUGAUGACAAGUAUGAAACUCUGCAGGAGGCAUCUGGGAGGGAGCGAGAGUACGACACCCUUGCAGGAGCACCAGGCGGAGAGCCGAAAGGUGGCGAAUAUGAACCACUGAAGAAAGGCGAAAUGAAAGAGGGGGUAUACCACACUUUAGGGGCGGAAGGUGCGGCAGGUGGAGAGGGUGGAGAGGGUGGAUACGAAGCACUGAAGAAAGGCGAAAUGAAAGAGGGGGUAUACCACACGUUAGGGGCGGAAGGUGCAGCAGGUGGAGAGGGUGGAUACGAAGCACUGAAGAAAGGCGAAAUGAAAGAGGGGGUAUACCACACUUUAGGGGUGGAGGGUGCAGCAGGCGGAGAGGGUGGAUAUGAAGCAGUAGGGAGGAAGGAUAAGCCCAGUGAGUCUGCAACAGCGGGCGAAUGAAUAAAAAAGGCGCUGCGCCACUGCAGGAGAAACAGGUUUAAUGCUGCAAACCUAAACCAUGCAGAUGUGUUGAUCUCGAUCCCAAAGUUAAGAUUCUUUGAUUUGAAUGAAUGUUUAAGAAAUCUGACAAACUCCAGGUGUCUUUCAGGCGUGAAAGUGUCAAUACAGAUUGAGAAUUUAUAAUAAGUAAUGGAAAUAAAUCUGUGGGAGACUGUAGGGAACAGCUAGAGUGAGGUUUUUACAAUAAGGGAGAAAUGUUUCUAAUAUAUUAAUUAAAUGAAAUGAUACAGAGUAAAAUUUCAGCAAAAUCCAAAAGAGCAGCAAACACUUUGUGACACCAAGUCAACAAACAAGCCACACAUCCACACUUUACAUUCAGUUUAAUGUCUACAAAUAGUCUGCUUUAUUAACUGAUCAUGUCCUUCAGCUUUGAUGCUACAAGCUAAUAUUUGCAGUCCUCACUAUAGCGUUUCUGCUUACAUCAUUGCACGUUAUUAAUUCAUCUCACAGGAACCAAAUGGUUAGUUUAGGCAUUAUCACAUGAUUUAGAUUUCUCCAUCAUAUUUUUAAUGUACUGUAUAAUGAGAAUUUCCCAAAGCUGUCGGGUUUUUUGUGAUAUAUAGCAAAAUUAUUUUUUUAUAUGGCUAUAAUUAGCUCAUCAGCAGUGGGAUAAAUAUUUUGCACUGUGAGAUUCCUUUUAGCACUUAAGCCACUUUCUUAAAUGAUACUAUGUGAUAUUUUGAUAGGUCAAUAUCAGAUAAACUGUUUUACAAAAAUGGUAUCAUCAUUUUUUGAGAAUGGAAGCUACAGCCUGAGAGUACAGUGAGUCAAGCUCCACGUUCAGUUUUUAACUUAACUAUUCCUUGUACGAAAAUGAAACAGUUAUCUUCACACCAUUAUUUUUCCUUUUAAAGUCAUGCUGAUUAUAACGGAUCAGCUUGUUGUCAUGUUGCUGAAUUUCUAUUUUGAAGCAACACGAUUAAAGUACUCUGUGUUUCUCGUCUUUUAUCGGUUUCCACCAUUUAGUAUAAAUAAGUUAAUCGCAAAUUUAUGCUUAGUGUAAACGAACCCUUGCUUAGCUUCCUAUAUUCAACCAUUUAAUAUCAAUAACAUUUUUCUCUCAAUAAAAAUCACACAUACAACGCAGGUGUAUUGUGGCUAAAUGUGUUGCAACCAGUAAAUUGAGAUCCUGUUUGACUGGUUUUAUUGACAUUGUUUUAUUACUUUUUCCUCUUCUGAAAUGCUGGAAUGAGACAUUAACAUUUUCUUUUUUUUUUUCAUUUUGAGUCGUGUUAAAAGGAAAAAGUUUUGCCUUUAUGGGAUGUUUUUGUUGUUUUGGAAACAUUUUGCUUUCAGGGGUUUUUUGUUGUUGUUUUUGUACAUACGGUAUUAUAUUUAAUAUUCUGUGCUGAAAGACUGUACACGAUUCAAGAUUCAAAAAUUCAAAGAUUCAAAGCGUUUAUUGUCAUGUGUGGAAAGAAAAAGCAGUUCUCUGUACAAUGAAAUUCUUUCUCUGCUGUCCACACGCAGAUGCCGGUUAAUAUGUACAAACAGAUAAAAUACAAAUAGCAGGAAUAAAGGCUUGAGAUUAUAUUAUAACUACAAAGAAGUUUUGUGUCAUUUUUUUAUUCAUUUAUGUCCUGCAGUGUCUCCUGUGCUACAGUGUGAGGCUGUUAGUCUAAGUGUCACAGUCCUGGGUCUGUGACCCAGUUUUUUGUGUAUUGUUAUUGCAAUUUUUAAUUUCUAGUAUUUAAUAUAAGUUUAGUUCAGUGCCUCUGAGUUUUUUCUAUGGACUUCCUGUUUUACUUUGAAGGUCUGUGUCUUAUGUUGAUAUUUCUAGUUUUGCGUCUGACUGGUCCCAUCAGUUAAUUUGUAUCAGCUGUGUCCCCCAUCUGGUCCUCAUUCCCUCGUGUUCCUCUUGUAUUUAUUGUCUGUAUUUUCAUAUGUUCAGUGUCGCGUCGUACCACCGUAUCUGCCUGUGUGUUCUGUUCCUGUGUUAUUUCAGUUUUAGUACUCUGCCAGCAAUAAAGCUGAGGUUCUGUUAAGUUAA